AUGGCCCAACUCGUCGCAAAGUACGCCGCGAAGAAGAUGCUCUCCGGCGAGAUGAGCAAGUAUGCAAACAAGGCCGCCGCUGGACCCUAUGACCCCUACUACGAGGAGAUCCCCCACCCAAGGAAGCCCGGCAAGACGAAGAAAGUCAAGAAGGAGAUCCCCGCCUACAUUCCAGAGCAGGAGGCCAACAUCCUCGCCAGGGCCCGUAAAUCUGCCUACCGCCUCGACUUCGCCCUCUUCAGUUUCAUGGGCAUGCGCUUCGGUUGGUCCUCCGUCAUUGGUCUUGUGCCCGCCAUUGGUGACGCCGCCGACGCACUCCUCGCCCUCAAGCUCAUCCUCAGUAUGCGAAAAGUAGCGUGCGGUCUGCCCCAGAGCGUCCUGCUCAUGAUGAUGUUCAACCUUGCCCUCGAUUUUGUCGUCGGCCUCGUUCCCUUCAUCGGCGACCUCGCAGACGCUGCCAUCAAGUGCAACGGCAAGAACGUCCGCCUGCUGGAGCAACACCUAGACAAGGUCUAUAUGCCCGAUGAGCUCAAGGCUAAAAACUCGAAGCUGCCCAGGGAAAGCCGUCCGCGUCCUGCAUCCGUCUACGUCGACUUCUCCGACGAAGAGGAGGAGCGCCGUGGCAAUUUUGAUGACCGCCACGACAACGUCCGCCAGCCUCAGCGCGCUUACUCUGGCCGCCGGGAUAGAAUUCCUGACGAAGAAAUGGGCCGCGCCAGGGACGACCGACCUAGCCGCAACGACACAAAGAGCAGCAGACGGUGA